AUGCGACGCCUCAGCUUGGUGCCAGUGGUCUUUUCGGCAUGCACGCGCAUUCCUUUAAUGGUCAACGCCAGUGUCGUGCACGUGCAGCAGCGCACUGUUACCCCAGCCCAUGGGACUAUCACUUCUCCUCAGCCUGGUACCCCGAUUACGAACGCCCAGACUGGUGGCGAAGUAAUCUCGUUCGGAUAUACUGACAGUAAUUGGUGCCAUGAUGGCUACAGCGAUGUUUCUGUGUGGUUGCUCAACUACGCACCCAACAAAGGCAACAUCAAUAACACGACAGGCCGGUUUGACGACGCAGUGCACCAGUUUGGCGCAUAUUCAAUCGGAAACUUUGGGCUUCCACCCAAGAAUCCUCCACCGACGACCCUCAGUAUGCCUGCCCUCACAAGUCCCGCGUAUGCACCUGGCGCAAGCGUCUACAUUGCUGUCGUGGAGACGGCCACGUCUUGUCCCCCAGGAAACAAUAUCCCACCGCAGUAUGGAACGACAUCGGUCGAGCUUGUUAUUGCGUAA